AUGUUUGACAUCCUUCAAAGAGCCAGCCGAAACGGCAGCGAUGAAGAGCUGAAAGCAGACACUCGACAGCAUCGUGGUGGUAUAGGAAGACGCAAAGAGACUGUGAAUCCGCGCACAUGGGCCACAGUCUGGUGGCUUGCUGUUGGCGGCAUGCUGGAGAUCAGAAUGGACAGACACUCUGUCCACCGACGACUGGCGUUGCUACUGGGCUUCGUUCUCGUAAUGACAGCCAUACUUGGCUGGUACACCGUCGCUCGCGCAAGAUCUGGGGUUGAAAACUUGCCUGUCGACAAGACCAAAGCAGUUGAGAAAGGAGCGGAUCGAAGUAAAGAGGAUUUGUUAAUCAUGCUCCGUCCGGACGAUCACAUUCACCGUCCGGCUCGUGUAGUCCAGCUGGGUUGGGAGAUUACCAAGGGCAUGCGCCGACCCGACGGGGUACUGAAGACUGUCUACCUUAUCAAUGGCCUUUUCCCUGGUCCCACCAUCGAAGCACGCUCUGGUGAUACGGUGAUCAUUACCGUGCGAAACGAAAUUGAUGGUGGAGAAGGACUCUCCCUGCACUGGCAUGGUCUGCGGAUCGCCAACGCGAUGGACGGUGUCGAUGGUGUAACGCAACAGCCGAUAGAACCUGGAGAUGCCUUCACAUAUCAGCUAGACAUUCCGCAAGAUCAGUCUGGCACUUUUUGGUACCAUUCUCAUGCCGAGACGCAACGUGCGGAUGGACUUUAUGGUGCAUUUGUUAUUCAUGCGCCUGUCAAGACGCGGGAGGCCGGUAUUGCCGGUAGUUCCUCGACCUACGACACAGACGACGUUCUGAUGGUCGGAGACUGGUACCAUCGCUCCUCAAUGGAUGUGCUGGACUACUAUCGUGAUUGGAAAAACUUCAAGAUCGAACCUGUUCCAGAUUCACUAUUGCUGAACGGACGAGGUAGUUUCGAGUGCACUCGGGCUGUUCCUGCGUGGCCAGUGGAAUGCCAAAAGGCCAUCUUGCCUGAGCUCAGGUUCUCAGGACAGCGUACUCGUCUGCGCAUCAUCAACACCGGAGCAUCUACGGGCUUCUCAAUAGCAUUCGCUGGUCAUAGUGCGUCACUACUUACUGUAGACGGCGGCAAUCUUGUCGCCCAUUCGGCACAAGGCUCUGGUUUCGGCAUACUGUAUCCCGGAGAGCGAGUAGACCUGAUCGUACAGAGGAUGGAGAGCGAGGAAAGUCAUAUUACGAUUGCUCUGGACCGUGAGACCAUGCGCUUUCCCAAUCUUGCCCUGUUAGCCACCCAGCAGUUUCCGAUUGCCACUGAAUCGAGUUCUGUUGCACGACUAGGCCAUGAGAAUAAGACCGCUUCCAUCGUCGACCUGUCAAGAGUGUCUGGCGUGGAGACUGCGAUACCGAACAAGGCAAGUGCGACUGUACUGCUAUACACCACGAUCAGCUAUCUAGCGGAAUUCUCGAAUAGGCCGAAAGGUUUCAUUAACCGGACAUCCUGGGACACGGCGGAUCUUUCAGCAACGCUUCUCGAAAUGCAAGAAACCUCCUGGCCACUGGAAACUGCAAAGUCGGUACAACAUAUAGCCUCUAAUGGAAUGUGGGUCGACGUCGUUCUGAACAAUAUGGAUGACAAAGGCCACCCUUUCCACCUCCAUGGCCACGACUUCUAUGUCCUGAGUAGGCACUAUCCAUCUCGUCGAGGUGUGUACGAGUCCUAUAAUCCGUUCGAUUCCACCUACGACCAGCCGGGCGAAGGCCCGAACGUUCUCAAUCCUGUCAAAAGAGAUACGAUCCAUGUCCCCAGCAGGGGCUACGUUAUCCUGAGAUUCAAGGCCGACAACGCCGGAUUGUGGAUGUUCCAUUGCCAUGUCUUGUGGCAUCAAGCUGUUGGCAUGGCCAUGGCUUUUAAGAUUCCACCGGCAGGAUGCUGA